GCUUGGUCUGUUUCGAAGUUGAUGCAAAUAGAUAGAGAACGAAUUUUUCGCGUCGGGUUUUCUUCAUUUAGCUCUGUCACUGUCUUCAAAAAGACACAAAAGCAAACUUGGAUCAGUAAGGUAUUGCAUAUUGUCCUUUAUGUCCUCUUAACGUUCAUUUUACUGUCUGCUGUGCAUCGCUUUUUUUUUUUUCGCAAACUUCCGUAAACAGUUAAUUUUAACCAGCUUAAAGGGAUAAAAGUGUCACAAAGAAAUUGACAUUUAUUUUAUGUGUCCAUUAGUAUCUCAACUACUUUUAAGAGAUCUCUGUUAAUAACAAUCACUGCAACUGGUGUUUAUUGAUUUAAAAUGGGGGCUCGGUUACUUAAAGCAACAUAUAUGUCUGCUUUUGUAGCCUUUGUAAGUGUCUCGAGAGCUCAUAUUUUACCAUACAGUCAACUCCCUUUUGAUAAGGACAAUGAACAACAGGUUUGGUCUCACAACCAUUGCUCAUUCAAAAUCUGUCGGACAUUUUAAGAUGACAAAUUUUGUUCAUAUAUAGUAGGGGACAUAGUCCUAGUUUUGGCAGUCCAUUCUUCCAGCAUGUGUCUGGUCAGCCUUGCUGGAUUAGCUUGAAGGGUCUCUGAGGAAAUGAGACCACAACACUUACACUGCCAGAAUUCAGGCUAUUUGCGAGGUGUUGGAGCCCUCACUCAGGAACCUCUUGUAAGUGACCACUCCCCUUAUGAAAGUGUAGCUUUAUUGGAGUUCACUUAUGGGCAGUUUUAACAUACUUAAUUAAGUCAUGUCACUUAGUUCAGUAAAUUGUGUCCUCUAGAGCCUUAAUUUUUGACCAGCUGCCAGAGUCCUUUACCCAAUAAAUAAAAAUUUUAUUUAUUAUUAUUUUAAUGGUAUUGUAACUGGCAAGUCUCCCAGUUAGCUCUUUCUAAAUUUUCUGGAUCUGCCCCUGAAAUAUUGUGCUCACCUUGGGUUAUUGUGCCCAUGCCUUCUACAACCUGGCCAUACAGAAAGAGCAAAAUGCUUCACUACAUAAGUAAAAUGCUUAGCAAGGAAGGGAGUAACUUGGGCUACAUUCUAGGUCCCUUGUUUUGUCUAAUAUUUUGACGGUUUGUGUUUUUUAUUGGUUCAGAUGCCAUACAUUAAACUACAAAGCUCAGAUGGAGAAAUUUUUGAAGUUGAUGUAGAAGCAGCAAAAACCUCUGCCAUUUUAGGUCCUAUGGCUGAAGGUGAGUUCAAAGGAGAAGCCCUUUUUGUGAUUACACAUAACAUCGUGAAAUGAUGAAUAUAUGAAUUUCAUAUACUUGAACUGCAGGGUGAAGAAAUAAAUGCAGAGAUGAUCAUCACAUCUCUGCAUUUAGAUAACAUUGUAUUCAGCAAUAGUUAUUACACAGUUUCAUAUCUACAGAAAUAUUGGAGAAAAUGUUGUCUGUGUUAUUAUAAAUAGGUACAAGGCAUCAGGACAUUUUUUUAGUUUUUUUGAAAAUAGAAAUGGCUUUCGUUACUUUAAGGGGGCCUUCCCUCUAUACAACAACUCAAGUAAGUGCAUGAGCAAAUGACGUCCCAGUUUGACGUGCAUAAAAAUUGCUGGCUAUGUACAGUGAAUUAUGAUGGACAGUUGCGAGUUUAUUUUAGAGUUGGUUUCAUUUUCUUUUUAGAAAUUGUAAAAACUUGACUGAACAACAGUCAAGAUCAUCUCAAGGUGCUCCUUUUUUGACAGUGUCAAUCUUAGAGAGUCCAUCGAAAAUUGUUGUACAAGACUAUGCUUAAGGGAAAAAAUGAUGCCACAGAAAGCUAAUAUUUUGAGAUUAAAAUGAAGGCAGUUUACUCAACCUUUAGGUCUUCAUUCUAAUGGUUUAACCCAUAGUACCAUGCUUUAAUUUAUAGAUCUUGGCAUGGGUAAAGAUGAUGAUGAACCAGUCCAACUUCCCUAUGUCAAUGCGGCCAUUCUUGCCAAGGUAAAUACAGUAGUGUAUCAUAGAUUCAGCCUUUGUCUGUUUUCUUUUCUCUUUACAGGCCAUCUGAUAAAUUACGCAAUGGUGCGAUUUUGCACCUCAAAUUGCAUCCGAUCGCAGAAUUUGAGGAAAAUGGCCUAAUUCUUGAAAAAAAAUGCUAAAUUCAAGUAAAGUUAACAAUGAAGUCUAAAUUUAAUUAAACAUUUUCCCGAUCUUAAUGUUAUUUAAGGUGAUUUACUACUAAAGAAGGCCUUGUAAGACAUCUGAAACCUUCGAUCGUGGUAUCUGGGCAGCCAUUUUGAUUUCAGAGACAAGCAGUGUGGUCAGCGGUGUAACAGCAUCCUGUAAUAUUAAACAAGUGUCCUUUUUCUUUUCCAGGUCAAAAUAAUUGGACAAAUUUAACUAUUUUGUAUUAAAAUAGAUGUUUUAUUAUUCCUUUACAUUCAAAUUGCCUGUUAAACAACAUUAGAGUGGUUUUUUUUCCUUUGAAACCUGGUAAAACAAUGUAAAUUAGCCCUGAAAAAAUCGCAUAAUAGUCCUAUCUUAUCGCACAAUCUACCCUGAAAAUAUAGCACAAUUUCUGAUUUUUUAUCACACCCUAUCAGAUGGCCUGUUUUUAAUUUUUUGUUUAAUACACAUCAAUAUUGUUACUUAAGCACCUUUUCUCUCUUUGUAUAAUUAUUUUUCACUACGCUUAUUGUCUAUGCCAGCUAGCUUAACGUGGCAGUGACCAACCCGAAGCAUUAGGUACUUUGGUCACUGCGCACAUCUUAAUCCUUUAAUUUCUUGUUAUCUUUAUUUCUGACAUUGUUCUGUAAGGUACUUAUACAAAUUAAAAUUUCAAUGUAAACAAUAAUUAUGUAAAUGGUGCGAAAACAAUAAAAUCUGUAAAUCUGUAAUCUUUUUAUAUGAAGCCUGUGUCAUUUGCUUGAAUGGUUACACAGGAUUUCAUCCACAGACUCAAAUUCAGAACUAUGCUAAAUAAAUGAUACCGUUUGAAAGUACUGCUUAAGAGGUAGAACUAUAUACCAGGGCUCAAAGUAAUUUCUGAAGAGUACGUCUCCGGAGAUGAUAACCAGCCAAAUUUAUUUUAGCUCGGUCACCUAUCGUUUCUGGGCGGUCGAAUUUAUAAGAUAAAUAAGUCUUAAAACAGGGGCCCAUGAACCAAAACUGGCAUUAUAUAUUUUCAAAAAAGUCGUUGCGCGGAGCUUAUGGCACUUCAAGGCACUCAUUGUCAACAAUAAAAAUAAAUUACAGCAGCAAAAUGAAAAUAAGCUUAAGUGUAUUUUGUAGGUACUCUGUCUAUCAGACUAACCCGUAACAUGUUAAAUAUAAAUCAUACCCAUCAGAUUUGUCCAGCGCCUACAAAUAUAACAGCUGGUGUUUGUAUCAUGGUGUGAGAUACUCCGCCAGUAAUCCAUGUUUCUCCCCAUUACAAGGGUUCUCAUGACAUGAUGCGUGGGCACAUGUGGCUUUAAUUUAACUUGCCCAUCUUUAGAGAAGUUGUUUUUUUCUGUAACACGUGCAUUCCAUGACAAUCACAACCAGUUUUUGUUUGAAUGUUUUUCAUUUCGUGGUAUCUCUAUAGGCCAAUAAAACAUGUAGCAUGCAAACGUUAAAAUGUUCGUACAUUUCAUGGAUGUUUAUCAUUGUAUAACCUUGUAUACUUUAUAUUACGCAUACUACAGAAAAACACAUAGAUAAACUCGUGAAGAGUGGAAUAAUUAUUGGUUUUAUAAAGUAUAGUUCCUUUAAUGCAUUAUACUUUGAUUAUAUUUUAUUCUGGGCUGAGGAAUUACUUUAUAUGCAGGGAGAAAUGCAAAACUUGAAAAUUAACCAAUAAAAGUGAAAAUAUUUUAAUUUUAUGACUGGAAGUGUAUGAACCCCUAUGUUGCUUCAAUGCACGAAUUGUAAACAAUGGUUCUAGUUGCACCACCCAGGAUUUCAGAUCAAAGUUCUGCAGUACACACUGAUAACAACUGAACAGCAUGGAAAUUUUAAUUUACUUCACUUUCAAUAUCCAUUCGUUGAAUGUGACCGGUCAACAUGAUCGGCAAGAUGAACGGUUGACCCAUCAACUCCCCAAUCAGUCUGGACAUUGUCUGUUAUUGACUGGUCAUUACUUCAAGUCCUGAAUUUUACCAAAUAAAUAGCACCAUGGUAAAGUACUUAGGCCGUGAUUUUGCCUAAAGUUUUGGGCAAAUUGGUUCCAUAAGAGUGUUACCAUCAAAGGAAAACAGCCUUAAUUCUUCUGGUUGACUUAUGUGGCUCAAAAAUGCCUUUGCUUAUUAGCUCCCUAAUUUUCAUCUUGCCCUGUACUGUUCAAGUAAGGAUUAGUCACAGUGGUAGCCCUUGUUAUUUUAUAGGUGAUCAAGUGGGCUGAGAAACACAAGGAUGACCCACCACCACCAGAUGAUGAUGAAAACAAAGAGAAAAGAACAGAUGACAUUGAUCCUUGGGAUCAAGAAUUCCUCAAAGUCGACCAGGGAACACUUUUUGAGUUAAUUAUUGUGAGUAUUAAUAGACCUAGGCCCUGUCAGUGCUAGUCUGAGCUUAACUUUUUGGGAACCUACAGUUUUGAUAUGGUCACCAGAAUUAAAAUAUUGAAAGCCUAAAAAAGUGUCAUGCAACAUCUCAAAGCUUAAUACCUGGACAGAAAGUGUGAAAGAGGUGAAUUAUAAAAAGUGGAGCAUGUAUGACAUCUCAUUCAAAUGAGGUAAGUACAAAAGUCGUACCAGAUCAACCCGGACCGCCAGUCUGGGUUGGAUCAACUCAGAUCGACUCGGACCAACUCGGAUCAAAUAAAAAAAGUAAAAAUAAAAUAAAAUUGGACUCGGAUCAACUUGGAUCAUAAAAAAAACAACUCAGAUCUUAAAAAGAAAAAUAAAAUCAGUCAGCUUCACUUACCUUUCACCAGCCAUUUUGUCUUUUCCAUAAACUCGUUGUUGUAUUAAACGUCACGUAAUAAAUCAAUAUGGCGAUAAUAUCCGUCAAACUAUGGGCAUAGAUGAAGCUCAUUAAUUUUGAAUCAUUCUAAGAAAAUAUUGUUUUAGUCACUUAAAAUGUAUAUAUCAGUGGUGGAUCCAGACCAAGGACCCACCGCCGGUCCCCCACCUAAAAUCGCGAUUUUAGGUGGGGGACCGGUGGUGGGUCCUUGGUCUCAAAUAAAUUUUCUUGGCCACUCGAGUCUCAGCUUAGUCUAAAAAAGGGGGAACUGUUAGGAAACUAGCUAAAACUAUAAUGCACUCUCAGGACCCACCAGAAUGGAUUAAGUUGACUUCCCACAUUGCCCCAUCCCUCUUUUAAGACCCGUGGUUUCCAUUACUUCUCCUUCCCAUCCCCCGUAAGAGGAAGAUGCCCCACCACCCACGUGGAUGCCGAAAUACAUGGUCUCUUGUCCAGGCCCACCCCUGUGGCCCAACCUUUCCUUCACACCUCUCCUCUGCUGCUCAGACAUAGCACUAUCCUCGGAGACCCAGGCACAAGGUCACUUCCUUGCCCCCACCCCCCAAAAACUGGGUCCCAAGGCAGUAAUUAAAAGUAGUUUUGACCAGUUACCUAACUCUGAGUUGAACUUGAAUUUAUUUAUCAUCAAAUUAAGAAACCAUGCUCAAGUCACUUUGAGAACCAACUUUAUAACUUUAAAACGAAUCAAAUUAAACAAAUUAACAGUGAGAAUUAUCCUGUUUAUUGGUAAACAAACUUAAAUGCAGCUGUAAGAUAAUAUUUACAAUACAUUUUCUCUUGACAAUAGCUAAAAAAAAUUACAACUUUCCUUAAAAUCAAGAAAUUAUUAUGAUCAAAAACUGUUAAUUUUUAACAAAUCAAUAUCAGUAGUAAUACAUUCUGACUAAUAAAUAGUAAAUAACUAAUGCUGUGUUCACAUCUGCAUGAAACAUGUUUAGAGUAAACAAGUUUACUUGAAACACGUUUCUGAUAAACAUGUUUGUUCACAUCAUUAAUUUGUUCGUUUCAAACACGUUUCAUCCUUUUUUGCAUGAUGUAUGCAUUUUCACGGCACCAGUGUGCUGGAAACUAUUUGCCCGAAGUUUUUGGGAAAAAUUGUCCCAAAGAUUUUGCUUUCGGUCCAUGGCAGAUAUCUGAUGAUGAAUUUCUUCAUCAGUGCUAUAUUUGUACCAAAAAUUUUGUUUCCUUGUGGUACCAGUUUACGUUAUUUCGACUUCCCUCCUCACCACUUUAGUCUGAUCAUGAUCGAAACUACCUCGUGAGGCAGUUUCAAUCAUGAUCGGACUAAACAAGUUUUGAUCAUGUUCCACGCAAUGCACUACCUACGUAGUGUGAACAAGUUUCACAGUGAAACAUGUUUCAUUCGUGUUCAGACUAAACAUGUUUCGUGCACAUGUGAACACUGCAUAAUUCAUUAAAUCAUGAUUAUAUUUAACUUGACUUUGAAUAAAUUUGCAAUCUCAAGAUCUAUAAAAGGUACAAAACAUUAUCAGAGCCAUUUCUACUGAACUUUAUAUUCAGCCCUCAUGCUAUCUGAGUAAAUUUCAAUGUGAAUUUUAUCAUUACCUCAAUAGCCCCUUAUAUGGAUCUGACAAGUAAAUAACAGCAGAAAUCACUAUUAUAAUAAAUAGUUAAUAACUAAUUCAUUAAAUCAUGAUACGUAUAACUUGACUUCUGAUAAAUUUGCAACUUUAGCAUCCAUAAAGAAGGUAUAAAACAUGAACAGAACCACUUCUUCUGACAUCUUGACAGUGUUGUUGUGUAGGGAACGGAAUACUCUAAGAGAAAAUUGUACAUUAAAAUCCUCAUGGAUGCUAUUCAGUCCUUGGCAGGGCUGUCAACUCCCCACGUCAUCAAAUAUUGAGAAUUGAUAGGGAACAAAAAAUGAUAGAUGACGUCACAUCACACGGCAAAUGACGUCAUUUGUGCCAAAAAUGCUUGUUGAUUCCGAUCGACGUAUAUAGCACAUAAACAGUUCGUAUUUAGCCACAUUAUUGCUUAAAUUACAGUGGCAUACCAGAAUUUAUGGGGAAAUGUUCCCAAAGUAGCUCAAACAACGCAAAAUAUAUAAAAUUUUAUGGUCGGAAAGUUGAGUCCACAAGAAAUAGCAAUUUUGGCGAUUAUCCGGGAGAUUUUCGACUCUAAGAUUACCUUGAGAACCUCUCAAGGAUCUUGAACUAUUCAUUCAAAGAUCUAAGAGUUGCACACUUGAACAUUUGUAGCCUUCGAUAUAAGAUAGACGAAUUAAGACUCCUGCAGAGGAUAUGUGGAUUUGACAUUUUGGGAAUUUCUGAGACCCAUCUGGACUCUUCUGUUCCUGAUAACUUCUUGCAAAUAGACGGUCUCCAACUUAUCCGACGUGACAGAACUAAAUGCAAAGGAGGAGGUGUUGCCCUGUACUAUGCUGAACAUCUAACGGCUGUACACCGUAAAGAUUUAUUAGUCAGAGAUAUUGAGGCCGUAUGGAUACAGGUGAAAUUCCCUGCCCACACUACUUUAUUCUCAGUUGUUUACCGAUCUGAACUCGAAACUCCGAACUUCUUUGAAAACUUUCACGGCGUUCUUGAGAAAGCCUGGUUGAAAACAGACAGUAUUUUCGUCCUUGGUGACUUAAACUGCUGCAUGUUGGAAGCCCAAAACAUUUCUGGCUCCACCUUAAUUACAUCUAAGACAAAGAAUUUGCUGAGGCUUUUUGAAGAUUUUAAUAUGCAAAAUGUUAUUGCUGAACCAACCCGCAUAACUUAUACCACAAAGUCACUGAUUGAUCUUAUUGUUACCACCAAGGUGGAUGUUGUGCGAUGCACAGGAGUAAUGCCACUAGGUAUAUCCGACCAUUGCCUAGUGUAUGCAACGCUUAAAUUGGGCAGCAAAAGACCACCGCCGAAGAUUAUUCGCACCAGAAACUUUAAAAAUUUUAAUGCAGCGAAUUUCAAGGCUGAUAUUGAAAAGAUUCCUUUUCAUAUCUUGGAAAUUUUUCAUCACAAAGACGAUGCGUUCUGGGGAUGGGAACAAUUGUUUAAAGAUAAAUGCAAUGCUCACGCCCCGUUUAAGGAUGUGAAAGUGAGAAGUAUGUCUGCUCCGUGGAUUAACAACAAAAUUAGGCACAAAAUGAAUCGCAGAUUUAAAUUAUUCAAAGAGGCAAACCGGACAAAGAAUCCUAGCAAAUGGGGUACAUAUAAGAAACUUAGAAAUGAAAUCACAGCUGAUAUACGCAGAGCCAAGGCUAAGCAUUUUAAAGAUCUAUUAGCUGAUGUCAAAACCGCUGCAGAGUAUUGGAACCUGCUUUCAAAGGCGAAUAAUCCUAAAUUAAGGAAAGCGAUAGGCCCAUUGAAAAGAGAGGAUGGAUCGCUCGCAGUUGAUGACAAAGAAAAAUCAAACCUAGUCAAUAAUUUCUUCUCUAACAUCGGAGAGAAACUGGCUGGCAGUUUCCAGCCCCAAUAUCUAUCUCACCUGGCCACGUCAACUAAGAUUGUUCCCUGUGUCAAUAACAUUGCACUAUCGCCUUUGGCCAUUGAGAGAAAAUUAGCUAAUCUCAAAACAAAUAAAGUGACUGGACCCGACCAGUGCCGUAGCCAGACCAAACGGCCAACCGAGGCAGGCGGGAGUUGCUAGGGGGGUUUGGGGGCAUGCCCCCCCCGAGAAAUUUUGAACUUUAGUCUCUCGGAAAUGCGAUUUGCAGCGUUUUCUGGGCCUUUCGGUAACUUUUUUUCGAGUUAAUUUAAGUGGAAUUUAAAAAGCAAUAAUCAGAAACAAGCUACAUAAUCUGGGUGACCGUUAACCUCGCCAAUGGUUUUGAUCAGUAUUUGUUCAAAAAAAAUUUGAGUUAACGUACGUAGCCCCUUGAGAUCGAUGAUAUGGUAAUUUUUUCAUAGUAUAUUGACUGAAUUGCUGAAUUCUUUGUAAUAUCAUGAUGCGUUAAAAAUACCCGAUGAUCGCUUAUGUAAAAUAAAAAUGAUCGGCGAAAUUCGUCAAAAUUUUACCGAGGCGAGUGCCUCGGUUGGCCUCAUACUAGCUACGGCGCUGCCGACGACAUAUCACCGAAAAUAGUCAAGGAAGCUGGAGAUGCAUUGCUAUCCCCGUUGAUGUUCCUUUACAAUAUGAGUUUGAAAGAUGGUUACGUCUUUAGCCAGUGGAAGACUGCGAGAGUCAAUCCUGUUUUUAAAAAGGAUGACGAGACUGAAAUCGGAAACUAUCGCCCCAUAUCUCUUCUCAGUGUUCCGAGCAAAAUACUUGAAACCAUUGUUGCUGAUUCGAUCAUUCACCAUGCGUUUAUUGAAAAUAGAUUAAUUACAGACAAACAAUUGGCUUACAGGAGAGGAUAUUCUACAGAGCUGUUGCUAGUACAUAUGACAGAAAUUUGGAGGAGUGCCAUUGAUUCAAAGAAAGUUGUUGGUAUAGUGCUGAUAGAUUUCCAGAAAGCGUUCGACUGUGUCUCCCAUAAUGUGCUAUUACGUAAAUUAGAAAAUGAUUUUGGAAUUAAUGGGUGCUACUGGACUGGCUGCGCAGUUACCUUGACAAUAGAAAACAAUAUACUGUCCUAAAUGGUAUAGCAUCAGAUCUUAACACUGUUAAAUCUGGAAUACCGCAGGGUUCCGUUCUAGGACCGACCUUAUUUUCUCUUUACACAAGUGAUUUACCUGAAGCUAUAACCACUGUGACAACCUACAUGUAUGCUGAUGAUACUACCCUAUAUUGCAUUGGCGUUUCUAUCGACGCAGUAAUUUCUGAACUUAACAAAGCUGUGGAAGAACUUCUAUACUGGUGCAAAACAAACCCCCUUGUGCCUCAUCCAAAGAAAUGCGAAGCAAUGAUCCUCCAUCGUGGAAGAUUCACUGGCCCAUUGAAAGAGUUAACAUUGGCCCAGCACACCAUCAAAUGGGUUACACACUCUCGUCUAUUAGGCGUAUUGAUAGAUGAUCAACUAAACUGGUCUAAACAUGUUAGUGUUGUUAAAAAAGGCUUUGUUGAUAAGUUAAACUUGUUAAAACGUAGCAAAUUUCUUCCAAAGAAUAUGUUAUUAGACUUGUAUUUUAGAGUUAUUAUGCCGUCGAUCGUAUAUGGUAUAUCAGUAUGGGGAGGUCUCAUAAAUAAGGAAGUUUUUAAGGCAUUAGAAGUACUGCAUUGUAGAGCUGCGAGAAUUAUCUUUAAGCUACCUUGGGAGAUGUCUAAUGCAGAUGUUAUGAAAAAGGCUAAUUGGUCUUCUUUAGCCUUUAUGUAUAAAAUUAGCUUAGCUAAGCUUAUAUGUAAAAUCCACAAUAACCUGACUCCAAACGCUAUGUCAGCUAUUAUUAAGAACAAUGAUAACAUCAAGCGAUAUCAACUUAGGAAGAAACUGAAAAUUGAUGUCCCUCGUUUUAACACCAACUACAUGAGGAACUCUUUAGCUCGUAGAGGAGCAAUAGUUUGGAACACGUUGGUUCCUCAACUUAAUGACGAUAUAGACAAUGUUAAGAAAUAUGCGAUUAUGGCAAGACGGUCAAAGACUCUGCUACACCUAGAUUUCGACUGUAUCUCCCCUCAAACAUUAACCAGAAGGGAGGAAGAUUUUAAGUAUAAUUAGUGUUAAUAAUUAGUCGAUACUAGAGUACCACCUUGUACUUCAUAAUUUAAAGCUUUUAUCGUUUUAGACUUGUAAGUAGUUAGUAGCUAUAUGAUUUUAGCUGGUGUAUAUCCUAUUUAUUUUCUAAUUCAUUAGUUAUCUUAUUUAGUUAUUUAGACACGACCCCACAAGCGAAGCGUCGCUUUAAAUACUUAUCGUGUAUAAAUAAAGAUUAUUGAUUGAUUGAUUGAUUCUAAUUUGGAGACCGGGAGAUAUACGGUCUAAAAUCUGGAGUCUCCCAGAUUAUCCGGGAGAGGUAGCGGCACUGGUCCUUGGGCUCACUGAGUAAAUUUCAACGUGAAUUCUACCAUUCCCUCAUUAGCCUCUGAUACAAAUCUGACAACUAAGUAAUUAUUACAGUGCAUUAAUUUUCAUACAGAAAAGAAUGUUUAGAACAAGAAACUCCACGUGAUAACCAAAACUUGACCAAUUUUUAGCAACCAAAAUUUGAUUAAUACUUUGCCAGACUAAUUAAGUUGACAGUGAAACCGGAAUGAAGCAAAUUCAUUGAGAAAGAUGGUCGAGAUGUUACCUUCCUGGAGGUCAUCCAUCGGCAGUGUCCUUGAAACAGAACGCGUCGUGUAAUGCAAUCACGAGUUCGUAACAUCAUCCGAGAGGAACUGGCACUAAUCAAACAAAAUGGCAGCUGAAAGCCACGGAGAAAAAAAGGAUGAUCUGGCCAUUUUUACCCUCCAAAAAUGGGUUAAACUUUCAGUUUUGCUGAUUUAAUUUAAUUUCUUUAUUGAUCCGAGUUGAUCCAAGUCCAAUUUUAUUUUGUUUUUAUUUUUUUAUUCGAUCUGAGUUGGUCCGAGUUGAUCCGGUCCGAUUUUUGUACCUGCCUCAUUCAAAUGUUUCACGAUCCUGCUGUAAUAGAAAAAUUAUCAACUGAGCUACCCUUUAAGGUACAGUGUAUGCAUUAAAAUAAUAUGGUUUGGGUUAAUGAACUGUUCUUUUAUUGCAGGCUGCAAACUACCUCGAUAUCGAAGGACUUCUAGAUGUGGCAUUUAAAACAGCUGCCAACAUGAUCAAAGGUAUUCCUCUAUUCCGUGGGAUGCCUGUGGCAUUCCCACGGUAAAAAUCCGGUUCGGUUGUAUCCAAAAUUGCAAAGCCAGCUAAUAGGAUUGCCUAAAAUCUUUAUCGAUUAUCUCUUCUUCCAAGCCGACCAAUUAGGCUGUACAAAAUCUGUAUCGAUUUUUAAUCGAUUUGCUUCCUCUGAAGAACGCUCCUUGCCAAAUUUGUCGCCCUUGAGUUUUGCCACUCGUGGUUUAGGAUGGCUUGUUAACCAGCGAAAUCCUUCGGGAUACUGGCAAGUCACGAAAGGCGACCUAAGUCAAAUUCAUGAUUCUUUUUUGUUUAGGUCUAGCUUUUUCAUAAGGUUUUAGUAGCAUCUGGUUGCGGGCCGUGAUUUCCGAUAGAUUUUUGAGGGUCUGAAUUGGGGGUCCACUUGUCGGUUGUCGGUUAAAAUUCAGUUACUUUGUCGGUAGUCGGUUAAAAUUUUCGAUCUUUGUCGGUAGUCGGUGAAACUUUUUGAUUUUUGUCGGUUGUUGAAAAAUCUCAGUUAAUAACUAAAAACGCUUGUUAAUCAUUAAUAUUUUUUAUGUAUUUCACCCAGUUUCAAGACUUUGAUCCCUAAGGAAAGAGUAAAACUUGUAAGAAUGCAUCAUUUGAUUGCGCUUAAACUUCAUUAACUCUUGUUUGUUUAUGCAACAUGAUAAUUUAUUUCACCAUUGUUUGCCAAAAUAUUAUGAAUAUCAUGAGUACUGAUAAAAUCACCAAACCUUUUAUUGUAAAUGCGAACUUGGUUUCCUUGUCGACUACAGGGCACAAUAAAAAGUAAUUAAUUACCGGUAAUUAAUAGACUCCAGCCUUUUGGACACUUAAAUUAUUCUUAGGGAAAAACUGCAAGGGGUGACUGAGGCUGCACAUCUUAUACCUUUAACGUUUUGACUCUAACAAGCAUGUCCUUUGCCAUAUUUUCCUUUCUCGAAGAAAUAACACUUUAACCCUCGGACGUACAAGGGGUGGAGGGGGGUGGAUGCCAACCCCCUUAAGUUUUUCUGGGAUUUUUCCAAGAGGAUAAAACAUCAGCACCUGACGUUUUCAGUAGAUGGCCGUUUAUCCCUCGCACGCAUUUUGAGACAAGUUCAGUGAUGAUCAGUUUCUAUGGUAACGAGAUAUGACGUAAUACGCAGCAGGUGGUCAAGCCGUUUCGAAAGAAAAUGUAUGUUUUUUCCAACUUUUUUCAACAAUAAAAGUAAAUCUUGUGGCUAAAAUCAUGCAAAGUGCUUAUUUAAGUGUUAUUAUUCAUGUCAAGCAAUUACCAUUUCUCGCUGUUUUAACUGUCACGGUUUUCGACGCCAUCUUGACGAGUAGGCAAACGCGUAAAAAAUUACAGUGUUUGUAUGAGAAUCUAAUGUCGAAUAAUUUCCGUAAAACGGCUUUUCUGAACAAAACACAAAUGUCCAGUGCUGGCCACAAGAUCCCUACUUUCCUUUUUCAUCCUUAGUUCCACACUUCUCAGAGGUGUGGAAGUGUGGAAAAGUCUGACAAAGUAAGGAUAUUGUCGCACUUUUCCCCCUGUUAAGAACCCCUUGUCAUUCUUUACUUAGUUCUACAUUUCUGAGAGGUGUGGAAGUGUGGAAAAGUCUGACAAAGUCAGGAUAAUGUAACACUUUUCCCCUGGUCAUACGAAACCACUGUCAUUCUUUACUUAGUUCUACACUUCUCAGAGGUGUGGAAGUGUGGAAAAGUCUGACAAAGUAAGGAUAUUGUCGCACUUUUCCCCCUGUUAAGAACCCCUUGUCAUUCUUUACUUAGUUCUACACUUCUCAGAGGUGUGGAAGUGUGGAAAAGUCUGACAAAGUCAGGAUAAUGUAACACUUUUCCCCUGGUCAUACGAAACCACUGUCAUUCUUUACUUAGUUCUACACUUCUCAGAGGUGUGGAAGUGUAGAAAAGUCUGACAAAGUAAGGAUAUUGUCGUACUUUCCCCCAGUCAUGAACCCUUUGUCAUUCUUUACUUAGUUCCACACUUCUCAGAGGUGUGGAAGUGUGGAAAAGUCUGACAAAGUAAGGAUAUUGUCGCACUUUCCCCCAGUCAUGAACCCUUUGUCAUUCUUUACUUAGUUCCACACUUCUCAGAGGUGUGGAAGUGUGGAAAAGUCUGACAAAGUAAGGAUAAUGUCACACUUUUCCCCAGUCAUGAACCCUUUGUCAUUCUGUACUUAGUUCCACACUUCUCAGAGGUGUGAAAGUGUGGAAAAGUCUGACAAAGUAAGGAUAAUGUCACACUUUCCCCCAGUCAUGAACCCUUUGUCAUUCUUUACUUAGUUCCACACUUCUCAGAGGUGUGGAAGUGUGGAAAAGUCUGACAAAGUAUGGAUAAUGUCACACUUUUCCCCAGUCAUGAACCCUUUGUCAUUCUUUACUUAGUUCCACACUUCUCAGAGGUGUGGAAGUGUGGAAAAGUCUGACAAAGUAAGGAUAUUGUCGCACUUUUCCCCCUGUUAAGAACCCCUUGUCAUUCUUUACUUAGUUCUACAUUUCUGAGAGGUGUGGAAGUGUGGAAAAGUCUGACAAAGUCAGGAUAAUGUAACACUUUUCCCCUGGUCAUACGAAACCACUGUCAUUCUUUACUUAGUUCUACACUUCUCAGAGGUGUGGAAGUGUGGAAAAGUCUGACAAAGUAAGGAUAUUGUCGCACUUUUCCCCCUGUUAAGAACCCCUUGUCAUUCUUUACUUAGUUCCACACUUCUCAGAGGUGUGGAAGUGUGGAAAAGUCUGACAAAGUAUGGAUAAUGUCACACUUUUCCCCAGUCAUGAACCCUUUGUCAUUCUUUACUUAGUUCCACACUUCUCAGAGGUGUGGAAGUGUGGAAAAGUCUGACAAAGUAAGGAUAUUGUCGCACUUUUCCCCCUGUUAAGAACCCCUUGUCAUUCUUUACUUAGUUCUACAUUUCUGAGAGGUGUGGAAGUGUGGAAAAGUCUGACAAAGUCAGGAUAAUGUAACACUUUUCCCCUGGUCAUACGAAACCACUGUCAUUCUUUACUUAGUUCUACACUUCUCAGAGGUGUGGAAGUGUGGAAAAGUCUGACAAAGUAAGGAUAUUGUCGCACUUUCCCCCCUGUUAAGAACCCCUUGUCAUUCUUUACUUAGUUCUACACUUCUCAGAGGUGUGGAAGUGUGGAAAAGUCUGACAAAGUCAGGAUAAUGUAACACUUUUCCCCUGGUCAUACGAAACCACUGUCAUUCUUUACUUAGUUCUACACUUCUCAGAGGUGUGGAAGUGUGAAAAAGUCUGACAAAGUAAGGAUAUUGUCGCACUUUUCCCCCUGUUAAGAACCCCUUGUCAUUCUUUACUUAGUUCUACACUUCUCAGAGGUGUGGAAGUGUGGAAAAGUCUGACAAAGUCAGGAUAAUGUCACACUUUCCCCUGGUCAUACGAAACCACUGUCAUUCUUUACUUAGUUGUACACUUCUCAGAGGUGUGGAAGUGUGAAAUAGUCUGACAGAGUCAGGAUAUUGUCGCACUUUCCCUCCAGUCACGAAUCCCUUGACAUUCUUUCCUUAGUUACAGUGGGAGUAUUUGUUGGUUUUAUUCCUGCAACUCGUCUUACAUCUUUUUAAAUGCUAUUUUAAGUUUAGACAACAAUUCGAUGACUAGAAGAUAUUAGCCUUGUUUCACUGCCAUCUGUUUGAAUACCCGACCAUAAAACAAGCCUACGUUUUCUCUGUCACGAAGUCCCCGUCAGUCCUUUAUCUUCGUUUAUUUAUUUAUUUAUUUUUCAAGGGAAACCUCAACAACGUCAUCUCAUCUAUGGAUUUUUAUGUUUGAAAUUUUUCAUCUUAAUGUGCCAUAUAUGAGACGUCUUAUUCUGGGUUUUUCUCCUUCCUAUAGAUCUAUUCGGCUGACUCAAUGUCGUACCCAAUUCAAACCCUUUGGGUAUAAAACGUUUUGGUUUAGGAAUUUCCAUAUCAUGUAAAUGUGAAUGCCCCAUUAUAACGCAAAUACAAUACACAAAGAACCUUAACCCGGGGAGCUUUUAAUUGGGUACAACAGUCAGGUCUCUUAAGAUCGUGACAACGCUAAAAAUAGGCAGUAAAGAAUGCAGAGUAUGUACGUUCUAUCUUCCUCGCUUUAAGAUCAACUUGAUAAAGUUUAUAAAUGCUCAAAUCAAUUCUUGUUGUUCUAUUCCUUCAUCACGUUCAUGACCUAAAUUGGUCUAAAAAUAUACAGCAUUCUGUAUAAAGUAAUAAUUGUGACUUAUCGGCCUAGAGUAGCUACCUGCAGAUCUCUCUGCGGAAAAGGGGGAUCACUGUUUACUUGCGUGUUAUAGGGUUGGCAAUAUUUAUGUUAUCUCUGCGGCACGUGACAAUACUAAAAUAUUUGCAUGGUCCACCCUCCUCUUCGUCUUUAGAGAGUCACCCUUAGGUGAAUUCUUUUUCAAUGUUUCUUGGCCUCGAGCCGCUCGCCUCCGAGCGUGGUGUUGCUUCUUUUUCAUAAUUUAUGUCCAGCAUUUACAUAACCUUAGAGAAGAGGAAAAACUGCGAAACAGUGGAUAUAUGGCGUGAUCUAACAAUUAUCAAAUUUAACCCCAUACUGAUAAGGAUGAAAGCUUGGUUGGAGAUCGGAUUUCUUAACUUGAAGUUUCUUUCAACAGCUGGCAUUGAAACAAUGGUUAUAUCUGCUAUUCAAAAUAAAAAUAGUUCUAAAGGAAAAAUGUAAAAAACCAUACAGAAAUAAAACCAAGUGCUCAUAAAGCGCACUGAGCUUCUCGUGACUCAGGGAAAGUGCAACAUUAAACUCAACUUAUCACACUAUUCUACCCUUCCACACCUCCGAGAAGUGUGGAACUAAGUAAAGAAUGACAAGGGGUUCUUAACAGGGGGAAAAGUGCGACAAUAUCCUUACUUUGUCAGACUAUUCCACAGUUCCAGACCUCUGAGAAGUGUGGAACAAGGUGAAGAAUGACAAGGGGUUCAUGACUGGGGGAAAAGCGCGCAGUAUCCUUAGUUUGUCACACUAUUCCACACUUCCACACCUCUGGGAAGUGUACAACUAAGUAAAGAAUGACAAGGGGUUCUUAACAGGGGGAAAAGUGCGACAAUAUCCUUACUUUGUCAGACUUUUCCACACUUCCACACCUCUGAGAAGUGUAGAACUAAGUAAAGAAUGACAGUGGUUUCGUAUGACCAGGGGAAAAGUGUUACAUUAUCCUGACUUUGUCAGACUUUUCCACACUUCCACACCUCUGAGAAGUGUAGAACUAAGUAAAGGAUGACAAGGGGUUCUUAACAGGGGGAAAAGUGCGACAAUAUCCUUACUUUGUCAGACUUUUCCACACUUCCACACCUCUGAGAAGUGUGGAACAAAGUAAAGAAUGACAAGGGGUUCAUGACUGGGGGAAAAGUGCGGCAAUAUCCCUAGUUUGUCACACUAUUCCACACUUCCAGACCUCUGAGAAGUGUGGAACUAAGUAAAGAAUGACAAAGGGUUCAUGACUGGGGGAAAGUGAGACAAUAUCCUUACUUUGUCGGACUUUUCCACACUUCCACUCCUCUCGGAAGUGAAGAACUAAGUAAAGAAUGACAAAGGGUUCAUGACUGGGGGAAAGUGAGACAAUAUCCUUACUUUGUCAGACUUUUCCACACUUCCACACCUCUGGGAAGUGUAGAACUAAGUAAAGAAUGACAAAGGGUUCAUGACUGGGGGAAAGUGAGACAAUAUCCUUACUUUCUCAGACUUUUCCACACUUCCACACCUCUGGGAAGUGUAGAACUAAGUAAAGAAUGACAAAGGGUUCAUGACUGGGGGAAAGUGAGACUAUAUCCUUACUUUGUCGGACUUUUCCACACUUCCACACCUCUGAGAAGUGUGGAACUAAGUAAAGAAUGACAAAGGGUUCAUGACUGGGGGAAAGUGAGACAAUACAAAGCGGUGGACUGUCACAGAACUAGUAACUACUGUGUGCACACAGGGACCCGGUGUCCACUUCUGUGCCCGAGUACAAGUUGUCGACCUUGUACUCUGGCACCGGUACCGUGUCCGAAUUCUAGCGUGGGUACUCUUGAAAAAAGAGUGUGUUCCCAUUAGUGCCCAGCGAGUACCGUACUUGGGCACCAAGUGUGCACGCUGCAUUACUUUUCCGCGUGCAUUAAAGGAAAUAGGACACGUCUGCCGGCACGCAGGCUAUUUGUUCCAUUGAUGUCGAAUUCGGCUUUUAAUAAAACAGAAUAGAUUUUUUUGUCGGCGUAAAAAGCUUUCUGGUAUACUGUAUCCGUAGAUAUACAGACACCUUCAGGUUUAUCCUGAUUUGUCUUAUCAUCAUUAUCUGUAGACGGAAGGACUAAUUCCACGAAAGAUGCUUUUUUAAAGAGCUGAAAAAGGUGUCUGCUCUCGCAGGCUUGGAUACGAGUGGACGGGGCCUAAUGUUUUUAAUGUCUUUUAUUUUUGGGGUUGAGUGCACUGAGUGCACUCUAUAUCUACAAAACAAGUUUUGCGUAAAGGGCAAAAAGUCUAUAUUUUAACCGGCGUUUUGAAUUUCCAGCGUGUGCGAAACUUGUUAGGAUUACCAUUACGAAUGAUCAUCGCAGUAAAUUUUCCAAUUUAAGAAAUUGGAAAGAAGAAGCCUAAAAAAAAAAAUUCGGGCUUCAACGGGAUUCGAACGCGUGACCUCCGCGUUACUGGUGCGUUGCUCUACCAAUUGAGCUAUGAAGCCACACAUUGGGAGAGAGGUGAAUUUAUUGAGUUCAUAUCUCCCGUGAGGAGUGAAAUGAUGUGAAGCAUACGCGUGCAACAAAGGAAAUAGGACACGUCUGCCCGGCACGCAGGCUAUUUGUUCCAUUGAUGUUGAACUCAGCUUUUAAUAAAACAGAACAGUUUUCUUGUGUUGGCAUAAAAAGCGUAGACAUAGAGACAUCUUCAGGUUUAUCCUAAUUGGCCUUAUUAUUGCAUCUUAUGUUCCGCAAGGAGGAAAGAGUACGGCUUCGUUCGAACAAACUGCUGAAACUGGAAUGCUUUCAAAUGCUGGCAAAGAUACAGAAGUGGUCGAGACAGUGUUACCUUUAAAAGGCACUGAAGAAGAGGGUGUUGUAGAGCCUGAAGAGGAAACUGAAGUUGAAGACAAUACUUAUUGCAACGAAAGCAGUGUCAUCAAAAGGUAAGUACCGUUUGAGUUUACUGGAACCUCUGAUGGCGGCAACAGCAGUGAAAAGUUACUUACCGUAACAGUAAGCAUAAUCAUACAUCGUAGACGAGCAUCCGACUGAACGUCGCAGUCAAAGUUUGCUAAAGGUUCUGUUUUUUCAAUAGCAUAUUGUUUGAAAUCCGACAACGACAGACUUUGUUUAGUUUCUUUGCUCAACGCUAAGGGUAGGGCAUCCUAAUUUUGGAGGAUAAAAGUAGCUAAGAGUUGCUGUUAAAUAAUAUAGUUAACAUUAUAUGAUAUUUAUAUUCUAGUACGACGAUUUUUUUUGUCUUGAAAUCGUCAUAAAGAUGAAGACUACGAUUGACCUCUGCACUGCGUGAAAAAAAAAACAUUAUUGUCCAGUCUCUGUCCCCAUCCGCCCAAAAAGCUUCACUUAUUAUAUUCUCCAUUUAUUGUAGAUUUUACUCGAACAUUGAACUAGUGAAAGCUGUGUUUUGAAAACAACCGACUAUUAAAAUUUUGACUCAUUGCAGAGAAAUAGUGACCCGUGAGGGUACCCGCUGGGCCAUCAAACUAGGGGCUGUCAAUCUUAUAUUCCAUCCAAAUGCUGUGUCUGAGCCUACGUCAAUAGCGGUGUACAGAUGGAAAUCCAGUGUCUGCUCACCUUCACUACAAGAACACGAGGCCCUUGUCAGCAAUGUUAUUGAACUAUCUUCCCACGAUGGCCAGCGCCUGAAAUUCAGUGCCAUGGUGACUUUGUCGCUUUCUCACAGUGCACCGGACCUACGGGGCUACGAAGUGGUGAUAAAACGGCAGAUCAACAAGGAGACCAAUGAAUGGGAGGACGUGAGUGGAACCAAGAACUUACGCUGUCGCCAAGGUAUAGAAAAGUUCUCUAUGUAGUAGAUUCGUAGCAACUAUAGAUAACCGUUUGGUAGAUCCUGUUUCCUUAAGCAGGAGGCGGUGUACGUCUUGUUUUCUUUUUUUGAGAUAGUGUUCAUAUCAAGUGUUGCAGUUGCGAUUGCGCUCUCGAUCUGAAUCUGGUUUCCAGUCUUGAUUUCUAUAACGUCAGUCUUUUUUAGAUGGCAAAGGAAGUAAAAAAAAGUGGAUAAUUAUUACGAUAAUUACAUUUUACUUGUAUUUUUUGUCGGUAACAGACAUCAAAGAUGAGCGCCCUUCUCACAAGGAUGUACCAGACCUUUUAUUCCCCGUUGCUCAAGCUGACAUAAAUGAGUGCUCAACAUAUGCAGUGGUUUGCCGUCUCAAAUCUUCUCCGCCUUACACCAUCACAUCUACUGGCGGUUUAUUCAUUCAUCCUGAUUAUCCAGGCGUGA